UCUCUGCCUAGCUCGGACUUUUUCGUUGGUCAACUCUGUUGAUAUUAAUUUGUCAAACAAUAUGAUCUGACAGUGACAAGGUCUGUAGUUCAAGAGUAAAUAAGGGAGACGUACAUAGACUACUUGUCAUCGUGAUUUUUCUCACCCGUUUUUCUGUCUAGUUAUUCUAUCAUUUUGUUCCCUACCGUUCCCUCUUGGAUUUACGAAGAGCAUGUUGGUGAUCUGAGUAUACAGAGAGUUUUUCCCCCCCUCCUGUCCUUCGAUAUAUUUGAGGAAUGACUGCAACUGGAAAGGGACUGACAAUCGCUUGAAUUGAAAAAAUGGAAUACAACGAUCUUGAGAAAAGAAUUGAGGAGAAACUGACAUUAACAGAUAAAUGUAUCCCCUCCACACCAGAGCCUUUGGCCAACCAGAAUGAAGACAAGAACAUAGUGAAGGACCUUCUGACAUCAGACGACUCAGCCAUCUCAGACCUCUCCCCAGACACAGAGUCCUGUCCCAAAACAUACCCCUCCACCAAGACAGACCCCUCCACCAAGACAGACCCCUCCACCAAGACAGACCCCUCCACCAAGACAGACCCCUCGAACAAGACAGACCCCUCCACCAAGACAGAUGCUAGACCUGGCACCCCUGGGUCUGGCACCAGCCCCCAUCCCAAAAAAGGAGAUGGGUUGACGACAGCGCAACGACAGAAGCUGGCUAAGGAGCGGAGGGAGGAGAGGGCCAAAUACAUUGCGACUAAGAAGGCCCAGUGGCUGGAGAAGGAGGAGAAGGCGAGGCGUCUGAGGGAGAGCCAGCUGGAGGAACGUAGGAGGAGGCUGGAGGACCAGAGACUGAAGCUUGAGAAACGCAGAGCCCUCCUGGAAGAGAAACAGAGGCAGAAACUAGAGAAGAACAAGGAGCGUUAUGAGGCGGCCAUCAAGAAGUCAACCAAAAAGACUUGGGCUGAGAUCCGUCAGCAGAGAUGGUCCUGGGCUGGCGGCCUCAACCAGACCUCGCGCAGACAAACCCGCAGUCUGCGUCUUAGUCCGUGGGAGAGCCGCAUCGUGGAGCGGCUCAUGACCCCCACCCUGUCUUUCCUGGCCCGUAGCCGCAGCGCCGUGACCCUGCUCAACACUAGCGACUCCCGGGACCCCUACUCUCACCACUACUCCCGUUCAGCCUCCGCCAGCCCCCUGGACGCCUGCUCCCACCACCACCCUCACCGGGACUCCUCCGAACGCUGGAGGGGAGGAGUGUCCGCCAGCACGCCUGACAUCACACAGCGCCAACGCCGACGGAACUCAACGCUGUUGGAUAAGAAGAAGAAAGAGAAGAAAGACAAGGAGAGGGAGAAUGAAAAAGAGAAAGUUCUGAAGAAGUUCCCAACGCCGACCAGAUCCAGGCCGGAGUUCAGCAGUACCCCAAAACCCCAAAACCGACCUCCUUCACCUGUGGCCCCCAAAAGCAAACUGUUGUCCCCCUGCCCUCCAAUGGCUCCCAAGACCCCCUCCACGGGCAAGAAGAUCCCCACAGGCACCAAGACCCGCCCCAAAAGAGCCCAGACCCCUGUCAGGGUACAGCUUCAGCCGGUCACCGUGGAAACUAACAACAAGCCCCAUCAGCCAGACACUCCUGAGGAGACAAAGAGCUCCAGUAAUGUUCCUGCUAUAAUGGUGUCUUCGGCGCCGGUGACACAAACAUCUCUUAGUGCACCAGUCACAGUGGCCGCCUCUACCCAAGCCUCAAACCUACAGCUGACUGCCUCUGCUGCCUCAACUCCCACAACUGCCCCAGCUGUCUCAUCUGCCCCGGCUGCCUCAUCUGCCCCGGCUACCUCAUCUACUGCUGCCACUGUGGCUUCCAGGCCCUCAGCCGGCACCAACGACCCAGAGGAAGCAGCUCGAGUCCUGGCUGAGAAACGCAGACAGGCCCGGGAGCAACGGGAGAGAGAGGAGCAGGAGCGCCUGGAGCAGGAGAAGAGGAAACGGAUUGCUCGUGAGGAGGGCAUGGCUCGGCAGGCGGAGGAGAGGAGGCGCAGGGAGGAGGAGGCACGCCUCAUGGCGAAGGAGCAGCUUCUGAGAGACGAGGCCCAGCGCCUGGAGGAGGAGAAGGAGGCGAAGGAGAAAGCCAAGGCGGAACAGGAGGAGAACCAACGCCUGCAGAAACAGAGGGAGGAGGCCGAGGUCAAAGCUCGUGAGGAGGCGGAGCGUCAGCGCCUGGAGAGAGAGAAGCACUUUCAGAAGGAGGAACAGGCGCGCCUGGAGAGAAAGAAGCGCCUUGAGGAAAUCAUGAAGAGAACUCGUAAAAGUACUGAUGCAGGACAAAAGGGGAUUGAUCCUUCACUGCCGAAUGAGUCUAAUUCUCCAGCACAGGUCAAUGGCAAAGAUGCUACGAAGAACAGUAAAGCUCCUAAAAUGCAGCAGAUUGAAGCAGAAUCCAGCCCUGUGCUGAAUGUUGUCCGGCCAGCCAUGCACCAGAAUGGCCUCUCAGCCAAUGGGAAGGCAGCUGACUUUGAGCAGAUCAUCCAGCUGUCCAAUCACAGCAGGAGCAGCAACGGUGGGCCGGGAAAACCGGGGAGUGGCAUCGUCAGUGACCCAAUCCUGGCCUUCGAGGGAGGAGAGCCCUUCCUGAUGAAAACGGGUUCCAUGAAGCCUCAGCAUGCUGCAGAAGUUCUUUGAGACACCAGGCUUCCACACGCUUUACGCCACCGGUUGAUCUAGUUGAUGCGUGCCACACACUGCAACAGCUUAUAAAGGAAGUGUGUCAAACAAAGAAACAAACUAUGGACUAAACUUUUAAAUCACUUAAAAACAUCAAAUUCCACAGAGGUCAAGAGGGAGGAAGAAAACUCUGUGAAGAAAAAAGAAAAAAACGUAAUGAAAAAAAUAUCGUCUGUCUCCUCGGCAUGUUUUGGUGCAACAUACAUUGAGUUUUGUUGAAAAUGUCAAAUGCAGAUUUUAUGGUGCACCUUAAAUGGCAGACAAUGUAAUAUGAGGAGUUUUAGAGCAUUGUAAGACCUGGAAAUAUACAGUAUUUGACUACGGUUGUUAUUAUCAUUGUUGUUAUGCUAUUGCUGUUGUUAUCUUAAGUUGAACAAAGUGUGUGUUUGUUAGUCUUGAAUAAUUGGGUUAUUUAACUAGGGGAGGAAGCAGUGUGAGGAUGCUGUCAGGGGAAGCUGUGGGAUAAAUCUUAAUGAAAGGGAGAA